UGGCGGUGCCGUCGGCGCUCAGCCAAUCAGCUUUGGCUUUGCGGUGCGGCGCUGGCGACCGACGAAGACGUUCGGCUGGCAUCGCUCGCGGCUGGGCUCGAGCCAUGAGCUUUAACAACUGCUUUGCAUUCACAAAUACAGUGCACCGUGUGUCGUGCCCGUGAUGUCACAGCUGUUCAGGGGCUUGCCUCGGGCAAAGGUGUUGUCCUCCAGUCUGUUACCAUGCCAACAGCGGGGGUCCCGCGCCCGGCGACCCGCCUCGAGGCGUCCAUCCCACAUGAGUCCAACUCCUCCCUCCAGAUGUUACCGGACCACCUCAGCGCUCCUCAGCUACAUCCUCACUCCACCGCAAGUCAACUCCAUCCUCAAAGCCAACGAGUACAGCUUCAAGGUGCCCGAGUUUGAUGGCAAGAACCUGUCGUCCGUGAUGGGCUUCGACAGCAAUCAGCUGCCGGCGAACGCCCCGAUAGAAGACCGCCGCAGCGCCGCCACGUGCCUGCAGACGAGAGGAAUGCUGUUGGGUGUGUUCGAUGGCCACGCUGGAUGCGCUUGUGCGCAGGCGCUCAGCGAGAGGCUCUUCUACUACAUCGCGGUGUCCCUGCUGCCGCACGACACGCUGUGCGAGUUGGAGGCGGCGGUGGAGGCGGGCCGGGCGCUCAGUCCCAUCCUGCAGUGGCAAAAGCACCCCAACGACUACUUCAGCAGGGAGGCUCAGACGCUCUACUUCAGCAGCCUCCGCACGUACUGGCAGGAGCUCAUCGAUCUCACCAAUCCAGGUGACGUCCCGGACACCAGCGAGGCUCUGAUGAACGCCUUCAAGAGGCUGGACAAUGACAUUUCUCUGGAGGCUCAGGUGGGAGACCCAAAUGCUUUCCUGCACUACUGGGUUCUGAGAGUCGCCUUCUCUGGAGCGACGGCAUGCGUGGCUCACAUCGAUGGAGCGGACCUGUAUAUUGCCAACGCCGGAGACGCCCGGGCAGUGCUCGGGGUGCAGGAGGAGGACGGUUCCUUUACCGCUCACACGCUCUCUAAUGACCACUGCGCCCAGAACGAGGAUGAGGUGUCUCGGAUUCGCGGUGAACACCCGCCCUCGGAGAGGAAGACGGUUAUACGGCAGGACCGCCUGCUCGGCCUGCUCAUGCCCUUCCGAGCGUUCGGCGACGUCAAGUUCAAGUGGAGUAUCGAGCUGCAGAAGCGAGUGCUGGAGUCGGGCCCCGAUCAGCUGCACGAAAACGAGCACACCAAGUUCAUACCGCCCAACUACCACACUCCUCCGUACUUGACGGCCGAGCCCGAGAUCACCCACCACCGGCUCAGACCGCAGGAUCGCUUCCUGGUGAUCGCUUCCGACGGCCUCUGGGAGACCCUGCACAGACAGGAAGUGGUCCGCAUCGUGGGCGAGUACUUGACCGGCGUGCACCAGCGGCAGCCGCUGACGGUGGGGGGCUACAGGGUCACCCUGGGACAGAUGCAGGGGCUGCUGGAGGAGCGCAAGGCCCGCGCGUCCUCGGCCUUCCAGGACCAGAACGCCGCCACCCACCUGAUGCGGCACGCCGUGGGCAACAACGAGUUCGGCACGGUGGACCACGAGAGGCUCUCCAAGAUGCUGUCGCUGCCCGAGGAGCUGGCCCGCAUGUACCGCGACGACAUCACCAUCAUCGUCUCGCAGUUCAACCCGCACGUGAUCGGGGCGCGGCGCCAGGAAGCGUAAACGCACGCGCGCACACACACACACACACACACUUGUUUUCAGAUUGUUUCAUCAAUAACGGCAAAGACAGUUGUGGGGAAAAAAUAUCAAAUUUAUACAUUUUUUGAUGCCACCUUAGUUUUCUGUGUGUAAAUGUCUCCUGUGCUGAAACAGUAAAGACAAAAGUGCAUAACGGGAAAGACAUGAACCGCUUCAUAAAAAAUGCUGAGAGUUGCACGAUUCCCAUGCGCUGCUCUUCAAACUCUGCGUGUACAAGCGCAGAAAUGAUCCCAACUACUCGAUACAAUCGUAAUAACGGCGAAGACAUGCAGUCGUUCCGACAUGUUCACACAUUCAUAUCUCUGAAAUAACAGCAUUUAUUUUGCUGUCUGCUAUUGUGUGAAGGCAAAAAUGCAGUAACGUAUCCUGGCACUUUAAGCUCGCCGUUCCCUGCGGUGUAUUGCAACGACAUCAUGAGUGACGUUAACGCUAAAGACACAUUGAAUGACAAAGGAGCAUUUGUAAAAGAAGCACACACACACACGAAAACACUGAGCUGCAUUUGUCAUCGUUUUCAUGUCAAAGGCAAAUUAAGCAAGAGGGGAAACAUCCAAAAAUGUGAUUGGCAUCUUCAGAAAAUAUGUAGCAAAUCAUGGAAUUUCAUUUUGGACAUCUAACAGUAAAGACAUUUUAGCAUUAAAAUUACUUUAGAAUAUCUUUUUUUCUUCUAAGAAACAGUUAUGACCUUUUGAUGGAUAACAACUGCCUAUAAUUCUAAUACUCAUCAGUAAAAGUAAUCGAUUUUCAAAAGGAAAUUCAGUGAGCCAUGUCUUUCCCAUUAUUGAUCAAAUUAUAUGAAAAUGACCCUUAUAGAUUUUAUUACCCGACUUUAUUUUCUAAUUAUUUAUGGGGUGGGGGGGGGGGGGGGGGGGACACACGUUUACACACAGGAAAGAUCCACUUUCUUAUGUAGUUGCCGUUUUUGCGAUACUGACGCUUCGGUUUUCUGGCGGGCAAGACGCUGUUACCAACUUCUUUCGUGCCAAAAGAUCCUGAGCUGAAAACUGAGGUGUGGUACGAUAUUUUGUGGAAAAAAGACAAUCUAAAAAGAGUUACCUAAGGCUGCACACAAAUGUUAUUAUUCAGAAGCAAUUUGUUUUGUCAUUGUCUUCAUGGGAAAUCCUUCACAUUUUAUCAACGCUCCCAUUUUUUUUUUCCACCCCCCCCAGUUUAUUAUUUUGUGUAUAUUUUCCCGUCAAAGGCUGUGUACAUUGGCUUUUGUCAAGGUUUAAGGGACGUUAAGUGUCGUAGCAUUAGCACAAUAGCAGCGUGUCGGACGGCCCGUUAGGGCUUUAAUUGUAAAUUGUUGAAUCGUUUUUGCCAGCGCACUCCAGUUCUACAUCGAUCUCUGCCAUCUUUUAUCGUGUUGAAACUGCAGUACAAAAGCAGAUUGUACACUUUGCAACAACUCGUUGAAUAUUUAUUCCACAUUAUGUUACAAGCAUCAGUCUUUAUUUGUGGUAUAUGUAUAAAUUAUCAAAUCGGUCCUAUUUUGUAGAUGGCAUAAUAAAUAGUAAAAGAUG